CAGGAGAGCCGUGCACUAGAGAGGGAGUGUCAGUCAGGGAGAGAGCUGAAGCCCAGACGGAGUGAGGAAAAAGUGAUACAAGGAAAUCAAAAACCUACACUUUCACCAACAGAAAGGAGGAGAGAAGGAAGGAAGGAUAGAGAAACAGCAAGAAGAAGAGAAAAAGAAAGAGUACUGCAGCGGACAGGCGUGAGUGGAAGCUGAAACCAACUGAGAGAAACUCUUUUACCAAAUGGACACUGCAGAGCGCACGCUCACACACACACACACACACACACACACACACACUCUCCCUGAGACACACACUUUUCCACGCAAGGACUUCGGCUGCCUCCACUGUGAUUCUCAUUAGCUUCUGGUGGCAGUGAUUGAGUGUGUGCGUGAGAGAGAGAGAGAGAGAGAGAGAGAGGGAAAGUGUGUGUGUGAAAGAGAGGGAGAGAGAGAGGGGAAGAGUGUAUGCGCGCGUGUGUGUAUAAGAGCCGGCUGCUCCACUGGAGUCUACGGGACCAUGGCACCUGGCAAAGAGCGGCGGAGCUGAGGACACACACACACACACACACACACACACAUCACAAGAGGAGAGAAGGAGUGGGGAACGGAAAAAGAGCAAAGACUCGUAGGACUGAGAGGUCAUCUGUAAAACCCCAUCAGUGUACCUGAGGAGACUUCAGAGGACCACACACAGCCAGCACACAUGAUGAUGAUGAUGCUCAUGAUGAUGAUGAUGACAACAGUGAUGAUGAUGAUGGUGUUUGGAUCACUGCUGCUGGUUCAGGCUUCAUCUUCAUCUUCAUCUUCAUCACCUCCCUCCUCCACCCCCUCCCCUCGCAUGAAGCUCUCAUACAGAGAGUUGCAGCAGCUAAACGGUGUGCGGCGUUAUGACCUUGACCGCUCGUGCUGCUUUGGGACGCUGCUGUUGGAUGAGGAACGGGGACGUCUGUUUGUGGGAGCGCGUAACUACCUGCUCUCCCUCAGCCUGGAGAACAUCAGCAAGCAGGAGCGCAAGAUCUACUGGCCAGCCCCUGUGGAGUGGAGGGAAGAAUGCAACUGGGCAGGAAAAGACAUCAACACGGACUGUGUGAACUAUGUGAAGGUUCUGCACCAUUUUAACCGCACACACCUGUACGCCUGUGGCACCGGAGCCUUCCAUCCAGCCUGCAUCCACGUAGAGGUGGGCCAAAGGAUGGAGGAUCAUGUUUUCCAGAUUGACCCAGCAAAAGUGGAGGAUGGGAAGGGGAGGAGCCCAUAUGACCCCCGUCAUACCGCUGCUUCUGUUCUAAUUGGUGAUGAGCUGUAUGCUGGGGUGGCCACUGAUCUGAUGGGGAGGGACUUCACCAUCUUCCGCAGUCUGGGACGCAAGCCAUCUAUUCGCACCGAACAGCAUGACUCGCGCUGGCUCAAUGAACCUAAGUUUGUGGGGGCCUUCGGAGUUCCCGAAAGUGAGAACGAGGAUGAUGAUAAGAUCUUCUUCUUCUUCCGUGAGACGGCUGUGGAGGCCCAGGGUUUCGGAAAAGUCACCUACGCUCGGAUUGGCCAGCUGUGCCGAAAUGACAUGGGAGGCCAGCGCAGUCUGGUGAAUAAGUGGGCGACGUUCUUGAAGACUCGGCUUGUGUGCUCAGUGCCAGGGAGUGAUGGCAGCGAGACCCACUUUGAUGAGCUCCGUGAUGUCUUCCUGCUGCAGACCAGAGACAGAAAGAAUCCACUUUUCUACACCGUCUUCACCACCUCUAGUAGUGUGUUUCGAGGUUCAGCAGUGUGUGUGUACACCAUGAAUGACAUCAGGAGGGCCUUCCUGGGGCCCUUCGCCCACAAAGAGGGGCCAAACUACCAGUGGGUCCCCUACCAAGGCAAAGUCCCUUACCCACGGCCAGGAAUGUGUCCCAGCAGGACCUAUGGCAGCUUCGAGAGCACUAAGGGCUUCCCCGACAGUGUCAUCCAGUUCGCCCGCAACCACCCGCUCAUGUUCAACCCUGUGACCCCUCUGGGCGGGCGCCCCGUCUUCCUGAGCACCACACCGGAGCACAGCUUCACUCAGAUCACCGUCGACCGCGUCAAUGCUGCUGACGGACAGUACGACGUCAUGUUCAUCGGCACAGAUGUUGGGACGGUGCUGAAGGUGAUCUCCGUGCCCAAGGGCACCUGGAGCAGCAACACUGCUCUUCUGCUGGAGGAGCUCCAAGUGUUCAAGGACUCCUCAUCCAUCAUUAACAUGCAGAUCUCAUCUAAACGACAACAGCUGUAUGUGUCGUCGGACACCGGAGUGGUACAGCUCCCUCUGCACCGCUGCAGUGUGUAUGGAAAAGCCUGUGCAGAGUGCUGUUUGGCACGCGACCCUUACUGUGCAUGGGAUGGGACCACCUGCACCAGAUACCUACCCAAUACCAAGAGGCGAUUUCGGCGGCAGGAUGUGAGAAAUGGGGAUCCUAACACACUCUGCUCUGGAGACCACAACAAACAGCGUGUGCUGGAGAAGAAGCUGUACGGGGUGGAGGACAGCAGC